AUGCAUGUGGCAGUGGUGGCAGCAGAUGUGAUUUUGUUCCUAAGUAUGGGGUGGACCUCAGACUCUCUCUGCUCACCCACCAUUUUUUAUAGAGACUGCUGGAUUCGUCGCUUCCCGGGUCUUCUCAUUGACCUGGAGGAGUCUCAGAAGAUGGGAGCUCAGUUCUUGAGGUAUUAUUCUGAAAGCACUGGCCAGAAAUGCAGUAGGAGCUGCUGUCUUAGGAAGGAUGUUGCCUGUAACUUGGCUGUCUUCUACCACGAUCCAAUUCAUGACAAUGUUAACUGCCUCCACAUUCACUGCCCAACACUGGAAAGCUGCAUAUUAGAGCCUGGAACCAGUGCCAUUUUAUACAACAUAACAGACGGUAUAGAUCCAGAUUUGCUGGUUUUUGGACAAUCACCUCCCACAUAUGUAAAUACCCGUUCUUCAUCUAAUAGAUGGGACAGACUAAGAAAUCUAAAAACUAUGAAUUUAGAUAAACGACAAACGACCAUGAUAAACCAAAUGCUUUCAUCAGUAGAGGUUCCAUCAUCAACCACACAUCAGGAUUUGGUUGUAAACACAAGCAAUAGCAGGUAUUCCAAGGAAUUAACCACAGAUUCUUGGGCAAGGUUUAUUUCUCUGAAUGAUUCCAGUACCACAAAGGUAAAUAAGGUGUUAUCUAGUACUGAUUUGAUCAACAAUCCAGAUAACAAGACUAUUUCUCCUUUCUUUGUGCCCAUAGACACAAAAUUUUCUCAUAUGCCUAUUCCAUCCCAACUCAACGGCAGCAAACAAUUACUGAACAGAACCAAAGGGUACAACAGCAAGAACCACACAUCUGAGAACGAAGAUGCAACAUUGCAUGGUGCAUCUGUGACUUCAAAGACGUGGCUAGUUCCUGUGGCCCUUGGUACCUCUGCCAUCUUUCUUUGCUGUUGUAUAGUCAUCCUGGCAUGUUGUCAAAAGAAGCAGGGCCAGUAUAAACCAGGACAGAAAAAGUCAAGAUCCAGGCAAAUUUAAAAAUAUAACAUUAUGAAGGAAAACUCUUCAUAGUAAAAGCUGUAGAGAUUAUAAGCUUUCAAGAGUAUCAUUUUUAGUUUUCUGUAAGGGCAGUUUGGUUAAAAUAAUAAUUGCACAGGAUGCCCAUUCCUACCAACCUUUAAAAAAUGCUAAGGCUUGAUAAACAUCACUGCUUUUUAAAUUAUUUCCAUUUUUUUGAAUAGUGUACCUUUUGCCAAAGUUCCAAAAUUCUGACCUUUGCAGUUACGCAGCAUCACGUGCAAGAUAGUUUUAAGUAAUGUACAUACAUUAACUCAUUGAAUCUUUACAAUUCUGUGUUAAGUAUACUAUUAUCAACCAUUAUACUAUUAUUAUCACAUUAUACAGAUGAGGGAACCGAGAAGAGAGACUAAGUAUCUUGCCUAAAAUCACACAGCUAGUGAGUAAGUAGUGAAGCCAGUACUUAACAGCCAGCCUGGUCCAAAAGUCCAUGCUCAGAAUCGGUUAGACUCAAAGCUUCCAUUUUCUUAAUAAGCACAGAAAAAAGAUAUAGAGGAAAAGACCACCGUAUCUUGUCUCCAGUCAAAAUCAAAUUAUUGUCACGUUAAUAAAAUUUUAGUGGUUUGAGCAAAAGAACACUAUAAAUAAUUGGUUGCUAACUCAUGAGCAAAUGCUUCCUGAUUUUUAUAUAGUUUUCUAUGUUCCUUUAAUUAAUCCUUCUCAAUCCUAAUCCAGCACUUGCAUUUUUAAAACAUCUUUCAAUAAUUAUGGCACUGAGAUCUUUGUUUUGUAUUGAUUUCUGUUUCAUAAAGCUUGGGAGUUUUAGUUUACACCCUCCACCUGUAUACAUUGUUUUCCCAGGUACAAAUACGAGCUCUAGGUAUUUCAGCUCUGUGCAAGACCACCCUCAUUUCUGACACCAACUGUAAGUUUGAGGUGGGUCAGGGGUCCCCAAAUCACCCUUACAUUAAUUUGCUAGAAUUCACAGAACUCAGUGAGAAUUGUUAUACUCACCACAGUCGUUUAUUACAAGGGAAGCACAUGGAUUAAAAUCAGUCGUAGGAAGAAACACAUAGGAUAAAGUCCCGGAGGUUUGCAAAUUCAUAGCUUCUGGUGUCCCCUCCCCGAGAUAGGACACAUUACCCUCCCAGUGCCAGCACGUGACAGUACGCCCACAAUACUGCCAACUAGUUAGGUUUGCCUGAGCCUCAGUGUUCGUUUAUAUUGAGGCUCCAUUACGUAGGUAUGACUGAUUACCUGGGUGGUUGAUCUUAGCUGCCAGGUGGACUGAUUUACCAGGUGAUUCGAAGCCCCCACCCUAAAUUCCAUUGUGACCGGCUCAGCCCCAAACAAAGA